CCGGCUGUCGGCGGGGCGGCUCCUGCCCCACGCCGCCGGCGGGCCCCGCCGCCCCCCCCCAGCCCCCCCACCCCCGGCCACCCCAUCUCCCCCUUCCCGCCGCCGCCAUGGGCGCCGCGGCCCUGCGCGCCCUGCCCUGGGCCCUGCUGCUGCUGGGGCCGCUGCUGCCCGGCCAGGGUUUGCAGGCCAACCCCUCCAAGCCCCCGGAAGGGCCGCCGGCCCAGCCCCCGGGGGCAGAAAUCGGGGGCUUCACCCCGGCGCCGCCCGCCUCGGCCCAGGAGAUCCACCCGCUCAACAAGCACCCGGCCAACGGCUCGGGCGAGGGGCACGCCAAGCCCCGCAAAGCCUUCCCGGUCCUGGACAUCGACUACACCCGCAUCCGCAUCCCAUUCGAGAUCUCCCUCUGGAUCCUGCUGGCCUGCCUCAUGAAGCUGGGCUUCCACGUGAUCCCUUCAGUGUCCAGCAUCGUUCCUGAGAGCUGCCUACUCAUCGUGGUGGGCCUUUUGGUUGGGGGGCUCAUCAAAGGGGUGGGUGAAAAACCUCCCAUCCUCAAGUCAGACAUCUUCUUCCUCUUCCUCCUCCCACCCAUUAUUUUGGAUGCUGGUUAUUUCCUCCCCUUACGCCAAUUCACCGAGAACCUGGGCACCAUCCUCAUCUUCGCCGUGGUGGGGACGCUCUGGAACGCUUUCUUCUUGGGUGGCCUGAUGUAUGCUGUGUGCCAACUGGGUGGCCCUGGCCUCAACCACAUAGGCCUCCUGGCCAACCUGCUGUUUGGCAGCAUCAUCUCAGCUGUUGAUCCCGUGGCUGUGUUGGCUGUCUUUGAGGAGAUCCACAUCAAUGAGCUGCUCCACAUCUUGGUCUUUGGGGAGUCUCUGCUGAACGACGCCGUCACGGUUGUCCUCUAUCACCUCUUUGAGGAGUUUGCCAACUUCGAGCAGGUGACCAUCAUCGACAUCAUCCUCGGCUUCCUCAGCUUCUUCGUGGUGUCUCUGGGCGGCGUCUUCGUGGGCGUCAUCUACGGGGUGAUCGCAGCCUUCACCUCGCGCUUCACCUCCCACAUCCGCGUCAUCGAGCCGCUCUUCGUCUUCCUCUACAGCUACAUGGCCUAUCUGUCUGCAGAGCUCUUCCACCUCUCCGGCAUCAUGGCGCUCAUCGCCUCUGGCGUGGUCAUGCGGCCCUAUGUGGAAGCCAACAUCUCCCACAAGUCCCACACCACCAUCAAGUAUUUCCUCAAGAUGUGGAGCAGUGUGAGUGAGACCCUCAUCUUCAUCUUCCUGGGGGUCUCCACCGUGGCUGGACACCACUACUGGAACUGGACCUUCGUCAUCAGCACACUGCUCUUCUGCCUCAUCGCCAGGGUUUUAGGGGUCCUGGUGCUCACCUGGUUCAUCAACAAGUUCCGAAUCGUGAAGCUGACGCCGAAGGACCAGUUCAUCAUCGCCUACGGGGGGCUGCGGGGAGCCAUCGCCUUCUCCCUCUGCUACCUGCUGGACUACAAGCACUUUGGCAUGAGGGACAUGUUCCUCACAGCCAUCAUCACCGUCAUCUUCUUCACAGUCUUUGUGCAGGGCAUGACCAUCCGGCCCUUGGUGGAUCUGCUGGCAGUGAAGAAGAAGCAAGAGACCAAGCGCUCCAUCAACGAAGAGAUCCACACGCAGUUCCUGGAUCAUCUUCUGACGGGGAUUGAGGACAUCUGUGGUCACUAUGGGCAUCACCACUGGAAGGACAAGCUGAAUCGCUUCAACAAGAAGUACGUGAAGAAGUGUCUGAUCGCGGGGGAGCGCUCCAAGGAGCCGCAGCUCAUCGCCUUCUAUCACAAGAUGGAGAUGAAGCAGGCAAUCGAGCUGGUGGAGAGUGGGGGCAUAGGCAAGAUCCCCUCUGCUGUCUCCACUGUCUCCAUCCAGAACAUCAACCCCAAGACCCUCCCUGUGGAGCGCAUCCUGCCAGCCCUGUCCAAGGAUAAGGAGGAGGAAAUAAGGAAGAUCCUUCGCAACAACCUGCAGAAAACCAGGCAGAGGUUACGAUCCUACAACCGGCACACGCUGGUGGCCGACCCCUACGAGGAGGCCUGGAACCAGAUGCUGCUGAGGAGGCAGAAGGCCCGGCAGCUGGAGCAGAAGAUGAACAACUACCUGACAGUGCCAGCCCACAAGCUCGACUCGCCCACCAUGUCCCGGGCUCGCAUAGGCUCAGACCCGUUGGCCUACGAACCCAAAGCAGACUCAGAGAACCUGCCCAUCAUCACCAUCGACCCGGCCUCCCCCCAGUCCCCGGAGUCCGUGGAUCUGAUGUCCGAGGAGCCCAAGGGCUGCGGUGGCCUCCCGCCCUCGCCCGAGGAGGAUGAGGAGGGGCUGGUGAUGCGGGUGAAGGAGCCUUCCUCCCCAGGUACUGACGAUGUCUUCACCCCGAGCACCGGCGACAGCCCCAGCAACCAGCGGAUGCUGCGGUGCCUGAGCGACCCGGGGCCUCGGCCGGAGCCGGAGGAGGGGGAGCCCUUCAUCCCCAAGGGCCAGUAGCAGCGGCUGCACGAAGCCUCACACGCCUCUGUACGGUUUCUCUCUCUUCAUUCGUUCUUUCUUUGCUCUCUUUUUGGUUUCCUCUUGUCACUACACACCGGGUUAGGGAAGGGGAGACCGUCCUGGAUGGACUGGCAUUGCCAGGACAGCUCUGCCCAGCGAGCCCUGGGCAGCCCUGGGCUGUGGGGAAGGGGCUGCUGGCACACGCUGGGCUCCUCGGCCGCCCUGGCCUGGGGGUGACGAGCGAUUUUCCGCCCUGGCCUGGGGUCUGCAGGUGCCCCUGGCACCGGUGGGGCUGUCCCACAGGCUGCCCACCCACUCAGGACCUGCGAGUGGCUCCUGGAGGGGGCUGUGGCUGGCACAGGGUGGGGUGGCUCUGGCUGGGGGUGUCAGAGGAAGCUGCCCCAUGGUACAGCUCCUCCCCCCAGCCUGUGUGCCCCCUGCCCCCUCGCCUUGCCUUGCAGCAGAGGGGUGGGAAGAUGGGAGCCAGGCUCUGCACCGGGGCUGCUGCACCCACCACCUCACCGGGCUCCCUGCCAGGGACCUGGGGCUCCCGCCGCUGCUCCCGCGGGGCCCUGGGCACCUCCUGCGGCCCCACAGCUCGUGCCAGCUCUUGUUCAAUAACUAUCCAAUAGCCAUGCAGGGGGCCAGCUGGGACCCCCUCGCUUGGAGUCGCCCUGCAAGCCUGGGCCUCUCCACCCCUCCUGGAUCUGCUCCCUGUCAGCCAUCCCCGUGGGACCCUCUGCCCCCCACCCCCAGCCCCUCACCCCGCGCCCGUCCGGCAGCGGCACCGGCUGCUCCUCAACCAAAGACGUGCCCAGGGAGGGGGCACAUGGGGGGCUGCCUUUGCUACAUGGGGGGGAUUUGCUGUCCCUGCAACCAAGAGGAGCUGGGGAAGAGCCAGGGGCUGACUUACCCAGUGUGGGGAGGCAUCGGGGCCAGGAGCUGGGCAGGAGGGGGGUGAUCCCCCUCCAAGGGGGAUGUGUGGGGGUCCUGAGUUUGGAAGAACUUGUGUUCCCCCAAGGGAUGUGAAGGUGAUUGGUGACUGCAGCCCUCCCCUGGCUCAGGGGCACCCUGCAUCAUGCUCGAGGCUGUCACCUUGUCCCCCACGUGCCACCCAGCUCCCAGCACGGGCCACCCUUCACCUCGGGUGCUGCCUCCCGGGGCAGCCUGGGCUGCUUCCCCCACCCAUGCCGUGCCUUGCCCCGUGUUGUCUGUGCCCCACUGCCUUGGUGGGCACCUGUCCCACACACCCACCCCCUCCACGUGCCCCUGCCAGGGACUGGCAUCUGCGUGGCUUCGUCCCCCCGUGGCAGAGCCCCCGCUGCUGCCUGCGCCUCUCGCUGCCCUGCUCUGUGUCCAGGAGGAGAAACAAAAGCAAUGACGAAUUCUCUUGUAUAAAUAGGAAGAAACAACCAACAACCAAACCACAUGUAAAGAGAAUCUUGGUUUUUAUCAUGAAUAUUCUAAUAAAUUAAUGUUAAUUUUUA